CGCGUACGUACUAGGCUCUGCUCGUGUAUUCCUGCGCAAACGGGUUGUGCAGGGAGGAGGGGUGAGGAGCGUAAACUGAAACCAAAAAUAUUUACGAACACCUUAAGGUGCAUUAAACUGCAUGUUUUAGAAACAUCGUUUCUUCUCAACCUCAAACGCCCGGGUGCUCGGAACGUUUGUCCGCAUCGACGCGUGGCACUUUGUGCCUGAAAGGGGACUAUUUUACGAGAACGCGGAAGCCUCGCGCGACGUGCCGGAUCUGCUUUCAGUGUGUGUUGGGUGAAUGGAGGCGCAGCUCUUCCUGGUGAACAAACACUGACAACUAUAGGGCAGCCUAGCGAUACCCGCUUCCCAGAACGGCCACACACACCUUCUCCUUCACCCCCAAAACAACCCUAAACAUGGCUGCUGAGCGUAAACACAUCGCGCAGUUGAAAUCCGAACUGUACUUCCUAAUAGCCCGGUUUUUAGAAGCUGGACCUUGUCAGGACGCGGCAGAGACCUUGAUACGGGAGGUUCAGCAGAAGGAGCUGUUACCCAAAAGGAUUGACUGGACUGGCAAAGAACACCCAGGGAGUUACGAAAAUUUGGUCAAAUUAUACAGGCACAUUUCUCCAGAUCACCUGUUGCAGGUGUGUGAGCGAGUGAGUCCUCUUUUAGAGAGAGAAGUGCCAGCCAGCGUACCUGGAGUCAAUUCACUGCUGGGAGCUGGACGCCAGUCAGUGCUACGCACGAACAAGAGUUGUAAACACGUGGUAUGGAAGGGGUCCGCCCUCGCAGCUCUGCACUGUGGCAGGCCACCCGAGCCGCCAGUCAUCUAUGGAAGCCCGCCCAAUAUUGUGGAAACAAUAUACAGUCGGAGGCUGAAUGGCUCAUAUCGGUUGGGUCAGCUGGUCCCUACAGCUGUUUACCAACAUAUGAAGAUGCACAAGAGAAUUCUGGGACACCUGUCAUCUGUGUACUGUGUCACCUUCGACCGCACCGGUCGCCGCAUCUUCACAGGUUCGGACGACUGUUUGGUGAAGAUCUGGGCAACGGAUAAUGGGCGUUUGCUGGCGACACUGAGAGGUCAUGCGGCAGAGAUUUCAGACAUGGCUGUGAAUUAUGAGAACACCCUGCUGGCAGCCGGCAGCUGUGAUAAAAUGAUCAGAGUAUGGUGCCUGCAGACCUGUGCCCCGCUGGCAGUACUGGAGGGCCACACGGCAUCCAUCACAUCAUUACAGUUUUCUCCUCUGUGCAGUGGAAAUAGGAGGUUCCUGUCCUCCACUGGAGCUGACGGCACCAUCUGUUUCUGGCAGUGGGAUGCACGCACGCUCAAAUUUGGACAGCGACCCAGCAAAUUCAUCGAGCGGCCCAGACCAGGCGUGCAGAUGAUCUGUUCCUCUUUUAGUGCCGGUGGCAUGUUCCUCGCGACAGGCAGCACUGAUCACAUCAUUAGGGUUUAUUACUUUGGAGAUGGACAACCAGAGAAGAUAUCUGAGCUGGAGUCUCACACUGAUAAAGUCGACAGCAUCCAGUUCUCCCAUGGUGGCGAUCGGUUUGUGAGUGGCAGUAGAGACGGCACAGCGCGGGUAUGGCAGCUGCAGCAGCAGGACUGGCGAAGCAUUCUCCUGGAUAUGGCCACUAAACUACCUGGCAAGUACAACCCUCCACCUUUAGAGGACAAAGUUACCAAACUGAAGGUGACUAUGGUGGCCUGGGAUUGCAAUGACAACACAGUCAUUACCGCUGCGAACAACUUGACAUUGAAAGUGUGGAACUCUUACACAGGGAACCUUAUUCAUGUAUUGAUGGGCCAUGAGGAUGAGGUGUUUGUGUUGGAGCCACAUCCAUUUGAUUCUAGAGUGCUUUUCUCUGCUGGGCACGAUGGAAACGCAAUCGUCUGGGAUCUGGCAAGAGGAGUCAAAAUACGCUCUUACUUUAACAUGAUCGAGGGUCAGGGCCACGGUGCGGUCUUUGACUGUAAGUGCUCUCCAGAUGGGCAGCAUUUUGCUUGCACGGACUCCCACGGUCACCUGCUCAUCUUUGGCUUCGGCUCUAGCAGCAGAUACGACAAAAUAGCAGAUCAGAUGUUCUUCCACACUGAUUAUCGGCCGCUUAUCCGUGACGCCCAUAACUUCGUGCUGGAUGAACAGACCCAGCAGGCACCUCACCUCAUGCCCCCACCAUUCCUGGUGGAUGUGGACGGGAAUCCUCACCCUCCACGCUACCAGAGACUGGUUCCAGGCAGAGAGAACUGCAGAGAGGAACAGCUCAUACCCCAGAUGGGGCUCACAUCAUCAGGGCUGAAUCAGGUGGUUAGUCAGCAGGCUGCAGAAGGCUCUAGUCCUCUUGAUAGUAUGAUCCAGAGACUACAGCAAGAGCAGGACCAGAGGCUGGGUUCUGACAGCAGAGCAAACAGAGGAUCCGUCAGUUCUCCCACAGAAGUCUCUUCUCCACCUAACGUGGGUCUGAGACGCAGUGGACAGAUCGAAGGUGUUCGCCAGAUGCACAGUAAUGCUCCACGCAGUGAGAUCGCCACCGAGAGAGACCUGGUAGCCUGGAGUCGACGGGUCCUCGUUCCUGAACUAUCACCAGCUGUAGCAUGUAAGCAAGAUAUCUGGCGUACAGCUAAAGGAGAGGAGGAAAUCAGCAUCUACAGAUCAGAAAGGAGGAGGCGCAGCAUACACAGCCAAUACCACAGAGAAAACCGGCAUGCUAUAGAAAAUUCUGUAGAGGAGGGGCGUCGUUACCAGGGUAACCAGCAUAACUACCAUACACGAUUGGCCGUGGAGGAAACGAGUCGUCAGAGUGAACCCAACGAGGAAGAACACAGUGCUUCUGAGGGUGAAACCGAAGCAAGACCUCCGAGCAGAGAAUCAUCAGAUGAGGAGAGAGAGGAAAAAGAACCCUGGCCUGAAGAUAACAGCAGCUCCAGCGAUUACUCCAGCGAUUACUCAGACUGGACAGCAGAUGCUGGAAUAAACCUCGAACCGCCCAAGAAGACCAGCGUGAAGAAAAAGAAGAAGAAUGCCAGCAGCUCAGAAGAAGAUGGAGAGAAGAAAAAAGACUCCAAAAAGGAGAGGAGAAAAGAAAAGCAGGACAAAGAUGGAGCACUACCAAAGAAGAAGAAGCCAAAGGAGAAACGGAAGAGGAUGCCUGAACUGCAGAACAAGGGUUUGACAUUAGAGGAAUGGCUGCCGUCCGCCUGGAUCACUGACACCAUGCCACGGAGAUGCCCCUUCACCCCACAGAUGGGCGAUGAGGUAUAUUAUUUUCGCCAAGGCCAUGAAGCUUAUGUGGAGAUGGCCAAAAAAAACAAGAUCUUCAGUAUAAAUCCUAAAAAACAGCCCUGGCAGAAGUUAGAGCUCAGGGAGCAGGAGCUGUUGAAGAUAGUGGGCAUUAAGUAUGAGGUCGGUUUGCCUACUCUGUGCUGUCUGAAGCUGGCCUUCCUGGACCCAGACACUGGCAAACUGACAGGCGGCUCGUUCUCCAUGAAAUACCACGACAUGCCUGAUGUCAUCGACUUCCUGGUACUUCGGCAGCAGUUUGAUAAUGCAAGACAGAGGAACUGGAUGAUAGGUGAUCGUUUCCGGGCAGUGAUAGAUGAUGCCUGGUGGUUUGGUACGAUUGAGAGUCAGGAGCCUUACCAGGCUGAAUAUCCAGACUCUCUGUUCCAGUGCUACAACGUCUGCUGGGAUAAUGGAGAUACAGAAAAGAUGAGCCCAUGGGACAUGGAGGAGAUUCCCAAUGAAGCAGCAUUUCCUGACGAGUUAGGUCUGAGUGUGCCUCUAACUGAGGAGGAGCAGAAGGCCUUAUUGUACAAGCCCCUAGAAGGAGAGUGGGGCUCACGCACACGUGACGAAGAGUGUGAACGCAUCAUCAAGGGCAUCGACCAGCUUUGCACUUUGGAUGUGGCUGUACCAUUUGAACUCCCAGUGGACUUGCAAGCAUAUCCAACGUAUUGCACCGUAGUUGCUUAUGUCACGGAUCUGAGCACCAUUCGACAAAGACUACAGAACCGUUUCUAUAGGCGAAUGUCGUCGUUGAUGUGGGAGGUACGCUACAUCGAACACAAUGCUCAAACCUUCAAUGAACCAGGCGCAUUCAUUGUUAAAACUGCCAAAUUCGUAUCUGACCUCAUGCUACAAUUUAUCAAGGACCAAAGCUGUACAGAUAUUAUUCCACUGUAUAACAGUAUGAAGAAAAACACUUUCUCAGAUUCAAGCGAUGAUGAAGAUGAGGAUGAAGAACAAGAGGCACCUUGUACAUCUAGCCGAAAUAAGAAGAGGCGGCGGCAGCAGCCUAUCCUGAGGAGUCUGCGCAGUAAACCAUCAUCAGACCCUCAGAGCUGGAAGGGGCGCUGCAGAGAGCUGCUGGAGCUUAUCUUUCAGUGUGAAGAUUCAGAGCCUUUUAGACAACCUGUGGAUCUGGAGGAGUAUCCGGACUACUUGGACAUUGUGGACACUCCUAUGGACUUUGGGACUGUCUUGAACCGCCUGUUAGAAGGAGAGUAUGAGACUCCCAUGGAUCUUUGUAAAGAUGUACGUCUCAUCUUCAGCAACUCCAAAGCCUAUACACCCAGCAAAAAGUCCAGGAUCUAUAGCAUGAGUCUGCGAUUGUCUGCUCUGUUUGAAGAGCAUAUCAGUUCGAUCCUGACCGAUUUUAAAGCUGCUCAAAGUCUGCACAGUGAGCGAUUCACCCGUCAGCGGCUGCACACAGAGCGUUUGACCAGACAAUCUGUGAAGAGGAGGAAGAGCUCUUCACCUUCAAGCUCCGCCUCUAGUCCAGAAAGGAAGCGGCGGGUUUCGUCUCGCGCUCCUCCUCGAUCAAACAAUGCAGCUCCGCCCACUCCUGCUGGACCUUCCCGGGCUCCUUCUUUACGGCAAACACAUCCACAAAUCAACGGCAAGGCUGAGUCUCCUGCUGUCCCAGGUCGGACACGUAGCUCGGCCCGCUUUGGAACCCAACUCGCAGACGCACCUUCUACACAGUCAGCUCCUCCCCCUCCACCCACCCACAGUAAGACAGCAGAGCCCUCCUCUAGAGUCCUACGCACCCAGAACUCUCACUCCAUUGGUGUCUCCAGGGAAACCAAGAGCUCUGCAGUUCCCCACACAAAUGAGGGCGGGGCCAGAGAGUCUCGCAGGAAACUUCGGACACCUGUAAAACUCACACCAGGGCCAGUCAAUCACAACUCUUCUCCUCAAAAAAGUUUGCAUUUGAAUGGUCAUAGUGAAGUGACUCUGGGAGUGGUACGAAGAGGUCGAGGCCGACCCAAAUUAGACACACAAAUACAAACGCCAGUAGAGGUACCGUCGCCCCCACUGUCCCAGGCCUCUGGAAAAAAGAGAGGGAGGAAAAGCAAGAGGGAGCUGGAGUCCCUACGAAGAAGCUCCUCCCACGAGGAGGAGCUUCUUCUGUCUACUGGUGAUGAGGGCGGGGCUUCUUCUACAGCCCAGGACAGUAGUCUUUCUGAUUCAGGGGUAGUGACUCCAGAGUGUCCGAAACCACGAGGCAGACCACGAGUCAUCAGGACACCAGAUACCACAGCUCCUUCAAGCCCCAAAGCUCUCAGAAGGAGCAGUCGGCGUGGCAACGAAGAAACCAUGCCCCUGACGCCAGGCCCCGCCCUAAGGGAGGAGCCUGACAUUUACAUGGAUGAGGAUGGGAGCUCGAAAGGGCAGAUGAGAACGCGUAACCAGGGUCGAAGGACAGCUUUCUAUAACGAAGAAGACUCCGAGGAAGAGCAAAGACAGCUUUUGUUUGAGGAUGCUUCGAUUACUUUCGGCACGUCAAGCAAAGGGAGAGUCCGCAAGCUCACAGAGAAGGCCAAAGCCAACCUUAUUGGCUGGUAACAAUGCCAACUUUGCAUGUCCUAUGCGACACAACCCCUUAUCCUCGCCCCACUGGAGAGGGGAAACCAUUCCUGCUGCUAUGAGAUUCAUGAUUAUCUGAAUCUUUCUUUCGGACUCUCUAAAUAGAUUCUCACGGUUUGAAUCUUUGACGCUUUUGGUGACUUCAAGAGUCACAGCCCCUUGAAAUCCCCUGAUAAAAUCACCCCUUGAAAUCACCUGAUACAUUUUCUUCCACAGAAAAAUCACAAAUGCAGUUAAAUACUGAUUUUCAUAUGCACUAUUUGAAUGCCAGUGAAGAAAGGUACUUAUACAGUCUUAGGAAUCCAAAUACCUGAUUUCAUCUCUCAAGAAAGCACUUGUUUGAGUGUGUGUGAGUGUGAAAUAACUUGAGCUUUUACUCUGUCUUGUUUCUUUAAACUGUUAAUUUUAUGCAUUGUUUUUACACGGUUGUCGCUAAGGGCAACAAAUCAAACACUUGUUCAGAAAAAAUCUAUUUUUAACAGAUCAUUGUGUAAGUGGCUGUAAAGCAGUAGUGGAGUGCAGAGAAGGACCUCAUAAAUCACGUGUUGUCUUUUUAACGUCUUUCUCUGCAAGUUAAGAUCAGUGGCAGUGGUAAUUCAUGCAUGUUUUUAUAUAAUUAGCAAUACCUUGUGCCUUUUCAUACAUUCAAUACAUUUUGGCUCCUUUGUACUCCCCAAGUUAUGAGAGAGAGUGUGUUUGAUGCUUUUGUGCAUUGAAUUAUCCAGUACACAUGUGUGUUAUUGAUCUGUUGCUGGGAUAGAGAUUAGUGAGCAGCAUAUCUAGCCAUGACCACUGUGUGUGUGUGUGUGUGUGUAUGUGUGUGUGCACUCACGUGUGUGUUGAGUUCAUGCAGUUGUUGAAGUGUGAUAGUGACAUCAUCACUCCAUGCCUGUUUCAUCUGGCUCCAAAAAUGCACUGUGAUCCCUAACUAGAACCAGGACUUAUAAAUACAGUGGCCACAAAAAAAGUGUUUGGACACUUAAACCAGUUUUAAUGUGUGAGUGUCAUUGCAUUAGACUAGAGAAUGAAAUAUCAAACCAGGUGGCUUUUGCAAACAAACAAUGGUAGAGAUUUCCUCAGAACUAACUUUACUUUCCGUAGCAGUUUUUUAAAAUAUGGCUGAUAAUUUUAUACAUCAAUUUGAAAAUUAAUUGUGACUUAUUAUAUUAAUGAUGAAUAAUUAUUAAUUUCUAAUUAUUAUCAUUAUUAUUAUUUUUUUAAGUUAAUGCAAAACAUUUUCAAAGUUUAACUUGAUUUUAACAUGACUGUCGUCAAACAAGCAGUAUUUUCAUUUUGGGCUUUUUCUUCUGCUUAACAAGGCUGUGCUUAUUUGAUUAAAAAUACAGUAAAAACAGAAAUAUUUUGAAAUGUUAUUAAAAUUUAAAAUAACUGUUUUCUAUUUGAAUAUAUAUUUAAAAAUACAUUUAUUCCUGUGAUGGCAAAGCUG